AUGGACGACAUUCUUGCCAAAGUACACACGCUUACCGACCUCGAGCUGGCAACUCUUCUUUGCCUCAUCGCCCGCGAGCACUGCCUCAUCAGCACCCACCCCUCAAGCAUCGACGACCUCGCUGCCGAGCUUUCCCUUGUCGCUUCCAAAACCUUUGGCCUAACAGCCUCCAUCAUUUCUUGUCACAAGCACAUGACUCUCGAUGAGUUUGCCACUGGCUUGCUGGUUCCCUGUCCAGCGUCCUCGCCGUCGGUCAAUACGCUAUCCGUUUCUCCUUACCGUCCAAGGCACUAUGAGCAUCAGGGACAAACGUCGUCGACAGCUGGCCCAUCCUCAUCAGCAGCAGCAGCAGCAGCAGCAGCAGCAGCAGCAGGAGGGAGGGAGGGAGGGAGGGAGGGAGGAGGAGGAGGAGGAGGAUACUUCCUCUCCGCCGGAGUAAGCUCCUCACCGCGACAUAACCCGUCGAUGAGUCCUCCUGUGAUGAGUGCAUCCCAGCCUCCACGCAUUGCCAACAUCAUUUUGGCGAAAAACCUGCAUUUGACCCCGAGGGUAGUGCAGAUUCAAGCAUUGGAACUUCUACGGACACGGCGCAUUUUCACUCGGACCAGUGUUCAGACCGCACCUAAACAAUUCCUCUUCAUCGCCCUCGUAGGCGCCAAUAGCGGCGGUGAGGCACGCGUGACGCCGCAUCUAAACGAUUUCUUCUACAUUGGGCACUGGCACGACCCAGAUGAGGAUGGGUUCCCUCAUCUCGAGGGGGAGUUAGAUGAAGACGGAAUCAGGAAUGACGACGCUAGUAAUAAUGGUGACAAUAAUGACGCUGACGGCAGAAGCAUAUCUUCCUUAUCGACAACCAGCGUGCUGGUCAAACAUCCCUCUCAUUCCUCAACCCAAAACCAACAAGGCCCUGAUCAAGCUGCAAGCCGGCAAAGCUCUCGCCGCCGCUGGCUCAGCCGCUCCAAUAGCAGCAUGAUCAGCACCGUCUCCAGCACCAACCUCCCUCCUCCUCUCCAACGACACCCCUCUCUGCUCACGCCCAGCUCUGACCCCGAAGCCUCAUCACCUACCCCGUUACUCACCCCAACCGACAUCUCUCAGCUCUCCUUGGCUUCCACAGCAGCCUAUAUCUCCCCCGCCGUCCUGCGCUACACUCACAACAUAAUCACCUUCCUGCGAACUCACCGCGCCGUAGCAGGCGGGGUUUCGCCCACCGCGACACGACAUCUUGAACAGUUGUCUCGUUCGCUGGCGGCAUUACAUGGGAUAGAUUAUGUCACGCCCUCGUUGGUGGCGAUGGCGGUGAGGAAGGUGUAUUUACAUCGGCUUGGGCUGGUGAGCGAGCCGGAGGGGGAGAGAAGCGUGCAGUGGGGAGGGGAUUUGGAGGCCGUGAGGGAGGCUAUGGCGGGGUGGACUGUGGAAGGGGUGUUGGAAGAGGUUUUGGGGGUUGUUGGGGUCCCUGGGUAA